GCCAGACUCUUUAAUAGCUGCGCUGGGAACCUACCUAUCUAUUAAAUCGUGCGCUCGAGCUUGUAUUAAAGUAGAUAGUUUUGUCCGACCAGUUACAAAUGCGUUUCAGUUAUUGUAAGCGUUCAGAACGCCGGACCGUUCGUCUUUGGAAGUCGCAGGCGCGUUCUAGUGCGCAGCCUUGAGUCGCUGUCUGCGUAGGCAGCUGACUCGGAUUGAGACGCGGCCAUUUCGGAGAGCGUCUCUAGCACAUGGGCUUUGGGACCGCUCGCUCAGAAGCGCUCUAACGGGACGGGACGGGCUGAGCUGGCGGUCACUAAUUCGCGUCUUACAGGGUGCUUUCAGAUUUACACUUCCAUCUGAAUAACCUCCACAUCAGCAGGCAGUCAUGGCUAUAGACGCGCCCGUUAUUUUGUCCGCGCUUUUCUUUACGAUUAUUGCCAUUAUAGUUGCGUCGGCGUUCCUGUCGAAGAAACCUGCGCCAAAGAAAGAACAGAAGCAGACACGGCACGAGGAGCGUUCAGAGCGGGUAACCGAGUACCACCAGCCCAGAACAGAGCAACCGGCUCCGGCGCAGAAGGAGGUGAUAGUCGAAAAGAAAAGGGAAGAGCCCGUUCCCGUCGCCCCCGUCGUAGAAGCCGAAGUCACCCCCGUGCAACAAACACCUGUACAGGCAGAGGUAAAGGCUGAGGAGGAGAUAGCUGUUGAGCCAGAAAAGGAAGAGCCUGCCGCAGUCGCGCCUGUGAUUGAGGAAGUUGGCGUCGUAGAGGAGCAGCCUGCAGUCGAACCUGACGUCGUCAUCCCUGUGCAAGAAACCCCUGUCCAGGCAGCUCCAGAGCCUGAGCCUGUACUCAAAGAAGUUGCAGCAUCUGCAUUUGUAGAAGAACCCGUCCCUGUGCCAGAACCAGAACCAGAGCAAGAACCUGUACCCUCACCAGAACCAGUGGCCACACCAGUAGAAGAGCCAGUGGUUGAACCUGUGAAGGAGUCUGUCCCAGAACCAGUGCCUGAACCAGUGAAAGAGUCUGUCCCAGAACCAGAACCUGUGCCUGAACCAGUAAAGGAGUCUGUCCCAAAACAAGAACCAGUGCCUGAACCAGUGAAGGAGGUGCCCACCCCUGAGCCAGCAUCUGAACCCACCCCUGAGCCAGCAUCUGAACCCACCCCUGAGCCAGCAUCUGAGCCCACCCCUGAACCAGUUUCAGAGCCCACCCCUGAACCAGUUUCAGAGCCCACCCUGAACCAGUUUCAGAGCCCACCCCUGAACCAGUUUCAGAGCCCACCCCUGAACCAGUUUCAGAGCCCACCCCUGAACCAGCUUCUGAACCGGCCCCCGCCCCAGCCUCUGAACCGGCCCCGCCCCCGCCUCUGAACGGCCCCCGCACCGGCCUCUGAACCGGCCCCCGCACCGGCCUCUGAACCGGCCCCCGCACCGGCCUCUGAACCAGCACCUGAACCAGCACCUGUGCCCAUCCCUGAGACCUCACCAGCAGUCCAAUCUCUUCCAGAGGUCCUAGAGAAUAAUGAUGCUGCAGCUGCUUCACUGACAGAUGAGGUCGAGACCCCGGCAGUCGCUCCCGGUAAUAAGAGGACCACCAAGUUUGAGAAGAGAAUGACCAAGGAGGAGAUGGAAGAGGAGCAGAGGGUACAGCAGGAGCAGCUGGCCGCCAUCUUCAAACUCCUCCGAGAGAAUCAGGACACGUUUGGAGAGAUGACGGAGGGAGACGUGGAGGAACAGCUCAAACUUUACUCUCUUUAGUCGGACCACGCACAGACAGUGUUAACACCUCUAGCACCGUUUAAAUUCACUAUACUGUACCUAUGCUGUUAAGUUCGGGGUCACAGACGCCCCAGCUCUCUGUAGAAGUAACUCUAGGCAGGAUUUAAUGCUUGCGAUUCGGAGAGAGGUUGAAGUUCAACCCUCAAAUGUUAGUUGAAACGCUCUCCACGCGAUCACGGUGUGAUACACAGAUACUGUAGUGCUCUCUUGACCAUAUCAGCUGAACUUCUUACAGAUUUUCUAGUUUUCUUUUUAUAUAUAUAUAUAUAUAUAUAGUGUGAGAAUGGCAAAUGUAAAUAGUCUGCAUCAGUGUUCUUGCAUUUCUUUUGGCGUUGAUACGAAUUAAUGCUUCAUAAACUUUGAAUUCUAUUCUACUGUAUAGAAUUUAAAUGGCAAUAUUCAUAUUUUACUGCUGCGUUUUCUAUGUAGAUUGUUAUUACUCUUCUUUGUUUCUAUUUACUUCAAGAAAAAUCUAUUAAAAUAGGAUUUGUAUUUCCUGUUA